AUGUCUGACAAACUUACCCGUAUCGCUAUCAUCAGUAGUGACAAGAAAUGUAGACAAGAAUGCAAAAAGUCCUGCCCGGUUGUGCGAAGUGGUCGUCUUUGUAUCGAAGUAUCCCCCGAGUCGAAAAUUGCCUUCAUCUCCGAGAAUCUCUGCAUUGGAUGUGGUAUCUGUCCUAAGAAAUGCCCAUUCGGUGCUAUCAAUAUUAUCAAUCUGCCGACGAAUUUGGAGUCUCACGUAACUCAUCGAUAUUCUGCCAACAGUUUCAAAUUGCAUCGAUUGCCUACACCACGUCCAGGACAAGUUUUGGGAUUGGUUGGUUCCAACGGUAUCGGAAAGAGUACAGCUCUCAAGAUUCUCAGCGGAAAGUUAAAGCCAAAUUUGGGUAGAUUUGAAAAUCCGCCUGAUUGGCAAGAUGUCAUCAAAUACUUCCGUGGUUCAGAGUUGCAAAACUAUUUCACCAAGAUCUUGGAAGAUGAUUUGAAAGCGAUUGUGAAGCCUCAAUAUGUUGACCGAAUUCCACGAGCUAUCAAAGGACCAGAUAAGACUGUACGAGGUUUGAUCGAAAGUGUUGCAUCAAUGGAUAACUUCAAGGAGGUCUGCGACGUUUUGGAAUUGAAUCACAUCAUGGACCGAGAUGUCAAUCUUUUAUCUGGUGGAGAAUUACAAAGAUUUGCUAUUGCAACUGUUUGUGUGCAGCAGGCCGAUGUCUAUAUGUUCGAUGAGCCAUCUUCCUACUUGGAUGUAAAGCAACGUCUUAGCGCAGCUCGAAUUAUUCGAUCAUUAUUGCGACCUAAUGACUAUGUUAUUUGCGUCGAGCACGAUCUUUCAGUGUUAGAUUACUUGUCGGAUUUCAUCUGUGUUCUGUACGGAAAGCCAGCCGUCUACGGUGUUGUGACUCUCCCGGCCUCUGUCAGGGAAGGUAUCAAUAUCUUCUUGGACGGUAACAUUCCAACGGAAAACUUGCGGUUCCGAGAGGAGUCUCUAACUUUCAAGAUUGCCGAGGCGGCCGAUGAAUUCAUGGCAGACAGAUCUCGAGCAUUCCAAUAUCCAUCCAUGGAAAAAACCCUCGGUAAUUUCCACUUGUCCAUUGAGACAGGAGAUUUCACCGAUUCUGAAAUUGUCGUCAUGAUGGGAGAGAACGGUACUGGUAAAACCACUUUCUGUAAGAUGCUCGCUGGUGCCACUCUACCUGAUGGCAACCAAAAGGUGCCAGGAAUGAAGGUCAGCAUGAAGCCUCAAAAGAUUACGCCUAAGUUCGAAGGAACAGUCAGACAAUUGUUCUUCAAGAAGAUUAAGACUGCUUUUCUCAUGCCUCAAUUUCAAACCGACGUCGUCAAGCCCCUUAAACUUGAAGAAUUUAUCGAUCAAGAAGUAAAGACCUUGUCCGGAGGAGAAUUGCAACGUGUGGCUAUCGUACUUGCACUCGGUAUCCCCGCCGACAUCUAUCUCAUCGAUGAACCUUCUGCCUAUCUCGAUUCCGAACAGCGUAUUAUUGCUGCCCGUGUCAUUAAGAGAUUCAUCAUGCACUCGAAGAAAACUGCUUUCAUCGUUGAGCACGAUUUCAUCAUGGCUACUUAUCUCGCGGAUCGUGUUAUUGUCUUUGACGGCGAGCCUGGUAUUAACGCUCGCGCCAAUACACCUGAGUCAUUACUCACUGGUUGUAAUAAGUUUUUAAAGAAUCUUGAUGUCACUUUCCGUCGUGAUCCAACUAAUUACAGACCUCGUAUCAACAAGCUCAACUCUCAAUUGGACCAGGAGCAGAAGUUGAACGGCAACUAUUUCUUCUUGGAUCAAGACGAAGAAACUGCUACUCCUGCUACUACUACUACUGCUACUUCUAGUUGA